AUGAGUCGGUUACAUUGAAAAAAUACUCAUCUCCACAUUAUAUAAACAAAACUAAGUGAAGAAUUAUUCUAACCUUAAAUUGAAUUUGAUUUGUAUUUUGUAGCAAAGAUACAUUAACAAUGUUAAACUUAACUAAACAGUGUUCUCCAUGUUUUCAAAGAAUUGUGAGAUGUGCCUCUGAAACGUGUUUAAUUAAACUUAAGUACACACCAAACUCCACGAAGGUAAUAGAAAGGACAAAUGUCUUUAGAAUUAAUCAAGUCUCAUUUAAAAGCACAUUUCGUCCUCCACCUGGAGUUACGCCUUUUGAGCCAAAACCUAUUCCAUUCGUCCAGCAUAAAAUGCAACGAAGAGGAGGAGGAGGAGGUAACUUAUUAAUGUUAAUUCCUAUCAUAACAUUUGGUCUGGGUGUGUGGCAAGUGAAGAGAUUGAAAUGGAAAACAGAGUUGAUAAAAACCAUUGAAGAGAGAUCGGCAAUGGAUCCUGUACCUCUUCCUCUUGAUCCUGCAGAAGUUGCUCAGAUGGAGUUCCAAAAGGUAACAGUGAAGGGAACGUUUGACCACGAGAAUGAGUUGUUCUAUGGCCCCAAGCAAUGCCUGGUCGAUGGAGAGCCCAAUCCUAAUGUUGUUUCCAAGACUGGUGAAGCUUCAUAUGGUUACAAUUUAAUCACACCUUUCGUACUCUCAGAUUCUGGGGAACGUAUUUUGGUGAACCGUGGCUGGAUUGUAACUAAAACCAUUAACCCAGAGAAGAGGCCUUGGAGCAAGACUGAGGGAGAACAGACCAUCACUGGAGUGGUGCGCAACCCCGAGCCUGUUGGUAUGGUAGCACCAGCAACAAGCCCCAAGUAUAAAAUUUGGCACUUUAGAGAUAUAGCAGACAUGGCGGAGAAGAGGAACUGCCUACCCAUUUACAUAGAUGCCACAGUAGACCACUCUAUACCUGGCAAGCUUUGGGGUGGACAGACGAGAUAUCAUUUGAGAAAUGAGCAUCUCUCUUACAUUAUUACGUGGUUCAGUCUGAGUGCAGCUACAAGUUAUAUGUGGUACAUUCGGUAUGCUAAGAGGAAAUAAACUGAUUGUGAUUAUUAUAGAGUAUUAAAUAAUUUUAAGUUGUUA